GAGAUUUCCUUCCUCAGAUCCCAAAUCCGGACGCUUUUCUUUCUCUGGUCGGUACGCAAGAAUUUCGUGUUGAUUCCACGAUCAUGAAUUUAAACUUCAAUCUUAAUUCGAGAUAUCACGAUUUUAUAUGAAUUUUUUCUUCUGGGUUUCAGGAGUGUCGCCAUGGCUAAGAGCUCCUUCAAGCUGGAACAUCCCCUCGAAAGGAGGCAGGCAGAAGCCGCUCGCAUCAGAGAGAAGUAUCCUGAUAGAAUACCAGUAAUUGUUGAGAGGGCUGAGAAGAGUGAUGUGCCUGACAUUGAUAAGAAAAAGUCAGUU